UGCCGAGUGACCUGGGCCGCAGUUAGACCGAGUCCGUUCGCGCAUUCGCAUUUAUUUUGUGGAGGCGCGUGUCAGCAAUCGAAGGAACAGCGAGAGAGAGAGCGAGAGAGAGAGAGAGAGAGAGAGAGCCUGCCAGCUUUCGAGCUUUCGAGCGGCUCCGAACCAACUUGCCGCUCUUUCCGUUCGCUUGUCAUCAGUAGUGCAGCUUGCAUCAGUGAUAUAUCGUACAGGUGAAAGAGCAACCGUAGUGACAGUCUACUCGUACAGUGAUCGAAAGAGAUCGUGCCCGUGUGCGAAGCCCGGCCAUUCAGCGGAAAAGUGGACGAGUGACAACAACAAGAACAACAAAGAGGAGCAGUCUGUUUACGUAAGGAGCGACGCGCUCGCGUUAUAUACACGAGGACAAAUCAAGUGGAAUAUGAGAAUAUAGAAAAAACAAACAGUGGAGAGCGUGAAAAGGCACGAGGAUUCAUUGACUAGUGGGUGACUAGUUGGGUGUUGGUGAAGUGAAUCUCAGAUCUGCGCUCUAAAUACCUCGCACUAGAUAACGAAGUUUCAACAGGUUAUUUCAGGACGAUUUAUAUAUCGAGUACAUAGCGCACAUAGCAGUAAUCUGUCGGAUAUCAACUGCUGGGCAGAAGUAAGAAACGUAUGUUUGUCAAGCAAGCCAAAAGAUGAGAAGGAUUUCGUACGGCUUUACUAUGGAAACAUGAAGAAGACACAGGGCGUACAACAGCACAAGCAGGAUCGACUUUUGCUCGCCGACCAUACAUGAUCGAUGUGGCGCAACCCACCAGGAAUUUACUUCUGCAAAAUGAUUCGCAUCCUCGCCUUCCUGUGUAUGGUGAUCCUACCCUUCGCAAGAUGCAGCAAGAUUCACGAGCAUAUGACCAGAGAAGAGAUGCUGUCAGUAUUCCAGGCGGGCCAUGAAUCCGUUCCAGCGUACGAGGUAGUACCGGUUUUGCACUCUGUACAUAGGCGAAGUCCCGAGGCGAGACAGGAGCUGCAUCUAAAAGCUUUCGGAACCGACUAUAACUUCUCCUUGAAACCGAAUAAUGGACUCUGGAAGGGAGAGCAUGUGGCCAUGUGGACUGUAGAGCGAAAUGACUCGCAAGCUGAUGGAUUACGUUAUGAAAGGAUACCGGAAGAAGCCGCCGACAUCGGCGAUAUCUACCAGGACACCCAGAACAUGGCAUCCAUUCUGUUGCACCGGCAGCCCAGUGGGAAAGUGCUUGUCGAUGGACAUAUCGGCACGGACCUGGUGAUCCGCUCGUUGCCCGAUCGCGUGGUGAACGAAGUCGUGAGCAAGAUGCAAGAGCUGCACGAGCCGCAUUUACUGCCAAACGUCACGAGGGCGAAGCGAAGCCUCCAGCAUACCAGCCAUCACGUCGUCUACAGAAGGAUAAAUAGGCCCAUAGAAGACGAAUUCAGUGAUUUCGCAUACAUGGAACCUGAUCACUUGUCGAAAAAGUUCAGAUCCAAGAGAUCAGCUAGUAGUAGUAGGCCUAAACGAGAAGCGCCAUACGUAAUUUAUCCCGAAAUUCUCUGCAUCGUCGAUUACGACGGCUACAGAUUGCACGGCGGUGAUAAUGUACAGAUCAAACGAUACUUCGUGUCAUUUUGGAACGGAGUGGAUCUUAGGUACAAGUUGCUAAAAGGCCCCAAAAUACGCAUCAGCAUUGCCGGUAUCAUCAUUUCGCGGGGAAGAGAUGCUACGCCAUAUCUGGAAAGAAAUCGCGUGGGGCGAGAUGCAAUAGAUUCUGCAGCUGCGUUGACCGAUAUGGGCAAAUAUCUAUUUCGAGAAAGAAGACUUCCGGUUUACGACAUCGCGGUUGCAGUUACAAAAUUAGAUAUGUGCAGACGGCAAUAUGCGAAUGAUGUAUGCAAUAGAGGAACCGCAGGUUUUGCAUAUGUCGGUGGAGCUUGCGUGGUGAACAAGAGGCUUGAAAAAGUUAAUUCAGUGGCUAUAAUCGAAGAUACCGGCGGCUUCAGUGGUAUUAUCGUAGCGGCUCACGAAGUCGGCCAUCUACUGGGUGCUGUACAUGACGGCUCGCCACCACCAAGUUACCUGGGAGGUCCCGGAGCUGAAAAAUGCCGCUGGGAAGACGGAUAUAUUAUGAGUGAUCUGAGGCAUACGGAAAAAGGCUUCAAGUGGUCUCACUGCAGUGUUUCUUCUUUCCACCACUUUUUGAACGGAGACACAGCAACGUGUCUUUACAAUGCCCCUCACGAGGAUGAAGCGCUGCCAAGAGUACUGCCAGGAAAACUGUUGUCACUCGAUGCACAAUGUCGAAAGGACCGUGGAACAAGCGCUUGCUUUAAAGACGAUCGUGUCUGCGCUCAACUUUUCUGCUUUGAUGCCGGCUCGGGCUACUGCGUUGCAUAUCGACCAGCAGCCGAAGGUUCUCCAUGUGGAGAUGGUCAAUAUUGUCUAAAUGGAAAAUGCGUUGCCGAGCACGAGAAUAUUAUACCUGAUUAUACGCAAAACAUACCAACGUACGUGCGACAUGACAACAUCUACAAUGCUGCCACGCAAAGUCGACCAUUGUACAAUCGAUACAAUACAAGUACCACAGAGUACAGGUCUCCAUGGGAAGUAACAACUCGAAGCACAUAUCAGUACAAGUACACGACGCCUUAUACGACAUCGACGAGUACGACUACGAUGACCACGACAGCCAGUCCCCUGACUUCACUGUAUCCAACAUCAACGCCAUACACACGUUACAUUUACUCGACAAUAAGUAAUUUUAUAAACGACGAUUACAACAAAAAGUACAGCUCCGACUAUAACAAGGACGUUAACAACAAUUACGUGUACACCACUGCCACGAGCAAGAAGACAAAUCCCUAUGACUAUUCGAAUACUUAUUAUUCAAAAGGCAGCGACUACCCUAACGACGUUGACUAUUUGAAAGCCACACCCUACAGAUAUACUAAGAGUACCGUCAAGUCGACAUCGCUCGCGCAGACGAGCACCACCGUCACCCACUAUGCUCCGCAAAAUUACGGUCACGCAGAAACAGAGGACGGUGAAUGCCAGGACACGGGGACGGAUUGCGCGGAGCUGAUCGAGAGGCUGAGGACAUGGCUGUGCCAUCUGCAAUCAGUGAAAAGUCGCUGUUGCGCGUCCCUCAAGACGAUUUGCUGAGAAGUGGCAGGGAAAAUAGCGCUGAAGCGAUGGAUCAAGUUCAAGGCAAUCGAGAGGAAAGGAGGCAAAGAACGACAGAGUCAAUAAAGGCGUGCACACGAUGCUCUCUCGCUCUCGCUCUCGCUCGCUCUCUGUCUGUCUGUCUGUCUGUCUGUCUGUCUGUCAGUCUCGUCAUGGGAGAAGCGCAACGACUACUCAUAUUAUGCGAUUCAUUUCGUCAUAUGCAUGUCACAUGCUUACUAAAAACACGAUAAGUUCAUUCCUUUCUCGAUCGCCAGACUAAAGCAGAUAUAGCGGGAUGUAUGUCAAAAAGAGGACAACGCAAGAAAAGUGAGCGCCAAUGGAAAGGCACAGGUCGACGGGAGUCGGAAGAGACACGCGCAGUUUUCUCCUUUUUCCCUAAUGCUCCAUUCCCUUCCGUACCAUUCCUUUCUUCCUUCCUCGCUUCCUCCCUGCUUACUCUUUUUCUUCGCCUAUAAUCGCAUUAUCAUUUCGCCCUCCUUCCUACGUCUGUCCUUUCUGCUCCACGUCGCGUUAAUGCAACGCGUCGAUCCGUGAUAUUUUUCGAGGGACCAAGACAGCAAGGAGAGAUACGCGCGCGCGCGAGAUCGUUCAUUCGCUUUUGGGACGAAUUCGCAACAGUUUAAACGCACCCCUUUUUCGCACGAAGGAGGAAGUAAGGAAUGACCCCUCCCCGUCGCCUCCCACCCCUUUCAUUCUCAAUUUUUCCACCUCUGUGUCCCCUUUUUUACGUCUGAGUAUGUAUUUAUGAGCGAUAUUGUCGAGAGAUUCGACUCGACGCACUAGAGCGUAUUUACAACUUAUUUUAUUUUGUUUUCUUUUUUAUACUAUAAAGUACGUUUUCGGCGUCGAAUAUUCGUGCAAUAACGACGUCGCGGUGUGUAUUCCGGCAUUUUUAAGUCAUUUGUUACCAGCGAACCAACUCAAAUUAUCGGCGAAAACUUUGUAAGCAAAAUCUUUGUAGAAUAAGAAAUAAAUA